AAGCCCGUUUUGACUCACUGAAGGAGCGAAAAACGCCUGCAGGGAAGCUCAAAACCAGCAAACGGUGCGUUUUGCUGUUACUGAUAAUAAAAUAACUGUCUGGGCUGUAGAGGCGCGAAAUAAACAAGCGCAAAACAGAAAUCCAGGAAUGGAGGGUGAAGAACAGAAAAAAUUAAAAGGUGAAACAAAGGAGAAGAUUGUCCAGAUUUUUAAAGAUUUUUUGACCAGUGUGGCAAAGCUUGAUGAAUUGGUGGCUGUUGGAGGCAGACUACUAACUGGCUUUCAGCAAGGACUGGAGUUUCUUCGACGCCCUCCAAUAAACAUGACAUCUAAGUUGAUUGAAAGCAUUAUUAAAGCUAAUGAAACAAAGAGGUUGAAAUCAUACCUUCAAGCUGGUUGUAUUAAAAGUCAUGACAGUGUACAAAAUACGAACAAGUUACAUACAAGCCUCCCUGGACUACGCAAUCACUUAAUUAAAGUCAAAAGCUUACUGAAUGAUCUUGAAUCUCUCUUGGAGGAUGCCAGAGCUGCAUUGCAAACUGCAAAUGAACAUUUUUCUCCUUUGUUGGACAAGGAACCUGUUGAUGGACUAGACCUACAAGAAAGUAGUGGUGAGGAUGAAAUGGCUCCGUCUCCUCUUCGAGAACCUGAAGUGACAGAUUAUGCUGCCCUGAUGGGGAUCAUUUAUAGUAUGGUGAAGCAGGACUAUGUGAUGCAGGAUAAGAUCGUUGCUUCUCUAAAUCUCAAGUCCUCAUCAGGAGAACUAGAGAGCUACUGCCUGAUGUGGUCUUUGCGACCUUACAUAAAUGAUCAAAUUAUGCAUCUAGCAUGGAAACUUGUUCCUUGAAUGUUUCAGGAAUCCAGACUUUAUAUUAUUUUUUGUCAGCCAACUAGAAUUAUUUUGAAUUAUGCCCCGCUUUCUUAUACAUGUUUGGUACUUUUUAGCUGAGAAAUAAUCCACACUUUUAUAUAGCAUACGUAACAGAGCCUCCAUUGUCUGAA